CCGCUGGGACUCGGCAGCCAUCUUGUGUGAGAGGAGGGGGCUCAGUUGAGGAGCCACAGGAAGUGACCUCACCUGGAGACCUGGGGGGCCCGGCAACAACCCCAACAUUCCAGAGUUGAGUCUGAACCAGCUCACCUGGAUAGAGUCUCGCAGGAAGAUGUUCCUGAGUUGUAUCCCGCGAUGCCCAAGCCCAGCCCCCAAGAAACCCUGCGGUGGGUGCCUCGCCCAGUGGUGGGGACGCUGGGCCAGCCCUCACCCCCGACGCUCCUGGUGCUUCCAACAGAAAACGGCCAUGGUGAGUCUGGAAGCAGGACAGGUCUCUGCGGGCCAGGACACCACUGGGAACCCACCCGAAGCCCAUAGGCCCCUGGGGGUGGGUGUGGGUGUGGGUGUGGGGGGCAAGGGGCCACUUCCCUCUCAGAGGAGGGAGGCUGGAAGUCCUAGGUGGAGGCAGCCUGAGGCCCAGAGCUCCUGGCUGCGGAGGGAUCCAGGGACUGCCUCUUACCUGCCAUUCUCUGCUCUUGUCUCCCAGGGCCAGGACAGGUCAGCCUCGCGCCUGGCAAUGCACAGAAGGCUGCGGAUCGCCAGCAGGCAGGACGUGUGUCAGGCCCCUUUCACUGAUGACCUGUGUGUGGUGGGGGAGUGGUCAAACGAGCCCACAGCUCCGAAGCCCCCGUACCGGGCGUUCCCCGGCACACAGAAACCACUGGACGUCCCCCUCAGUCACACACUGUUGGUCAGAGCCCAGAUAGAGCCCAGGGGCUCCGCAAAUGCCCAUCUCACAGCGGAGGAAGUAGGGCCCGUUGACUUCGCCUGUGUCAGUCGUGACCCAGGGUCAGGGCCGGGCCUGGCACCUGACCUCAUGGCUGGGGCGGCACAGAGCCCUGAUCUCACAACAACACCCCCGCUGGAGCAGUGCUGGUCCUCCAUCGAUCAGCGCCACCACAAGGAUGUGCGGGGGACAGCUGUGUCCCCGGGGGCCAAGCAGGGCUCAGGGGAGGCCCUGAGAGAAGAGGCUCUGGGGAUGGAGGGCCUGGAGCCAGGACUGUACGCAGCAGCUGAAGCCGAGGACGCUGCAGGGGCACCAGACGCAGCACUGGCCCCGGCCUCAGCCCCAGCUCCGCAAGUCCCUUCUGCUGCAGCCCCAGUGCCACACCUGGCCUUCCCCGCCCCCAUCGUCCUGUAUUUCUCUUUACUCCUCCCCACUCUCUUCCUUUUCUCCACCUUAUUGUCCCUGAACCUCAAUAAAAUGUAAGUUGUUACCCACUGUGGAAUGUACAAUUUGCACCGUGCCAGCUCCCCAGGCCGUGCCCUCCCCACCCCACUCUCCCUGCACCAUGGCUCCAAUGCCCGGGACCUGCAUCCUCUG